ACGCGGGGCGAGAGCGAGCCGCGGCCGCCGCCCGGGCCCCAGGGUGAUCUUGGGGGCCUGGGGCCCCGCGCGGCCGGAUCGUCAGCUUUUCCCGCUCGCUUUCCCCGCGCGCUAGCGAGGCCUUCCUCCUUUGGUGGGGGCUCCUCCUAGACCAGAGGAGGCUUUUCUUUGAUGGUGGUGGUGGUGCGGGAGGGGGGAGGUGAGGCACGAAAGUGCGGUGAGAAUUUUUCGACACUGGAAGCCGAAAUGCUGCUCCUAGGUUUUCGAUUUUUUUUACAGGGAGUAAAGGGGCAGCGAGUUCAUGGGUAUUGAGUGAUGAUAAUAACUAACAUUUUUCUAAGCCCUCACUAUGUGCCAGGCACUGUGUGGAGCAACUUGUGUGUUUCUUCUUUACUCCUGAAACGCCCGGAUGAGGUUGAAUUGACCAAAGCAAUGGUUAUGGAGAAGCCUAGUCCCCUGCUGGUCGGGCGGGAAUUUGUGAGACAGUAUUACACACUGUUGAACCAGGCCCCAGACAUGCUACACAGGUUUUAUGGAAAGAACUCUUCUUAUGUCCAUGGGGGAUUGGAUUCAAAUGGAAAGCCAGCAGAUGCCGUCUAUGGACAGAAAGAAAUCCAUAGGAAAGUGAUGUCACAAAACUUCACCAAUUGCCACACUAAGAUCCGCCACGUUGAUGCUCAUGCUACUCUGAAUGAUGGUGUGGUGGUCCAGGUGAUGGGCUUGCUCUCUAAUAACAACCAGGCUUUAAGGAGAUUCAUGCAGACCUUUGUCCUUGCUCCUGAGGGCUCUGUUGCAAAUAAGUUCUAUGUUCACAACGAUAUCUUCAGAUACCAAGAUGAAGUCUUUGGUGGCUUCAUCACUGAACCUCAGGAGGAAUCUGAAGAAGAAGUAGAGGAGCCUGAAGAAAGACAGCAGACACCUGAGGUGGUACCUGAUGAUUCUGGAACUUUUUAUGAUCAAACUGUCAGCAAUGACUUAGAAGAACAUUUAGAAGAAGCUGUUGCUGAACCAGAGCCUGAACCGGAACCAGAACCAGAGCAGGAACCUGUAUCUGAAGUCCAGGAGGAAAAGUCUGAGCCAGUAUUGGAAGAAACUGCUCCUGAGGAUGUUCAGAAGAGUUCUUCUCCAGCACCAGCAGACAUAGCCCAGACAGUGCAGGAGGACUUGAGAACCUUUUCUUGGGCAUCUGUGACCAGUAAGAACCUUCCACCCAGUGGAGCUGUUCCAGUUACUGGGAUACCCCCACAUGUUGUUAAAGUACCAGCUUCACAGCCUCGCCCGGAGUCUAAGCCUGAAUCUCAGAUUCCACUUCAGAGGCCUCAGAGGGAUCAGAGGGUGCGAGAACAGCGAAUAAAUGUUCCUCCCCAGAGGGGACCCAGACCAGUCCGUGAGGCUGGUGAGCAAGGCGAUGUGGAACCCCGAAGAAUUGUGAGACAUCCUGACAGUCACCAGCUCUUCAUUGGCAACCUGCCUCAUGAGGUGGACAAGUCAGAGCUUAAAGACUUUUUUCAAAAUUAUGGGAAUGUGGUAGAACUGCGUAUUAACAGUGGUGGGAAAUUACCCAAUUUUGGGUUUGUUGUGUUUGAUGAUUCUGAGCCUGUUCAGAAGGUGCUUAGCAACAGGCCCAUCAUGUUCAGAGGAGAGGUCCGUCUGAAUGUGGAAGAAAAGAAGACUCGAGCCGCCCGUGAAGGGGACCGCCGGGAUAACCGCCUGCGGGGACCUGGAGGCCCUCGAGGUGGGCUGGGCGGUGGCAUGAGAGGCCCACCUCGUGGAGGCAUGGUGCAGAAACCAGGAUUUGGAGUGGGCAGGAGCAUUGCUCCAAGGCAGUGAAAUACUCUUCACCAGUCUUCAGGCAGGAGUACAAACUAGCUCCCACAGAAUGAUGAAUUUCUUCAGCCAACCUUGGUAUCUUGGAAUAUGAUCCCACUCUGUCACAGACUGCUUAAGUUUGUGCAGUUUUACUUUUUGUGUUAAUGGUGUGUGCUCCUUCUCUCCCCUGCUCCCUACCUUUUAGUCCUUCACUUCCAAUUUUGUGGAAUGAUAUUUUAGGAAAAAUGGAUUUUUAAAGAAGAAAAAAAAGACUGAAUUUCUUUGCUUUAUUUGCAUAUACAGACUGGAUUUUUUUUUUUUUAACAGUUUCCCCAAAGGAAUGUGUCUUGCUUCUUACUGACAUUUGGUAUGUUUCAUUCAUUGGACUAUUUCUUACUUACUUUCUAUGUGUUUCAAAAGCCUGUGAGAAUUACAGGAUUUGAUAAACAUUUUGAAGACCGGAGAAACCCAAAUUGUUUUCCUCUUUGAGAGUCAUGACUAUCUUCUGGUGUGGAGAAAUUGCCAUUGGAAAAAUUGACAAUUUUGAUUCUCAUUGAUGUGGUUAAAAACUGAAUAAAAGGUGUUCGAGUUUUCUUUUAAAACAUGAUCACAAAACAAUUCUAAAAUCUACUGUUUUUGACAUUGGAAUUUAAAUUGUGAGAUAGAUUUAAAUGUCUAGAAUGCAACUGAUAAGCUUUUCUUGAACUGUUAGUUUUUUUUUGAAGUAGAGUUUUUUUCAUGUUUAAUUUGUAUUUGUAAAAAAAGAAAAAAAGAACAAAAAAAAUUUCCAAAUCUAAGUAACACAAAACCAGAGCAAAACUGUUGUGCCUUCUAUUUAUCUUUGAUUCCAGUCUUGGCAAUUGUUUAAAGAAAAUAAUAAAAAAAAAAGACCCCUAGAUUUGUUCUAUCAGGUUCAGAGUAUGUUGGGAAUUAUGACUCCCUUUUUUACCCUGUAUGUCUUGUGUUCAUUUGUUAUGCCUUAUUCUGAAAUUGAGUUUCGAACUGGAAUGCCUUUGAGUACAGAUGCUUCUGUAGAGUCCUUUGACCUGAAUAGUUCAGCAUUUGUAUUAAGUUUUAUUUCAGUGUCUAUUCAGAAUCAUAGCCCAUAAGAAAGAAUGUGACAUUAAUGUUGGACUUUGAUGGUGUGCUUGAGUGAGUGCUAGGUUUUUUUUUUUUCUUUUAAUCAUAGCCAUAUGGUAAAUUUUCUGUUUUGUUAUGGUUCCCUUUUACUGGUGGGCAUGCAGUGGGUAUUUCUUGGAAAUGGCCAAUUUUUAUUAAAACGUUUCUGGAAGAUCUGGCGAUAUAGACUAAUACUCGUUUUGCAUAGUAUGUGUUGAGUGCUGUGUGUGAGAUGGGUGAAGGUUUUGCUUACACAUUUGUGUAGCAAGCCUUUGUGUGAUAACUUGUCACUACCAAUUGAAGGACAAUGAGGUUGUCAACUUAAACUUAUUUUUUUAACAGUGUUCAUCUUUAAGACUAUUGUUUGAGGCUAGUAUAUUAGUAGGAAUAGGAAUGUUUUGCUGUUGCUGGGAAACUAGGUUUACUGAAGGGUGUAAUCUUAAAUGAAGUUUUUGAUGUUAUCAGUUGGUCCUUAGUACCUCAAAUAUUGGCAACAUCUCCUUCAUGUAUAACAACAUAAAAAAACUAUAUAACUGAAUCCCGUGGCUGGUUUUUGGGUCAGUUUAAACAACUAGUUGGUAACCACUUCAUUUGGCCCAGAAUUAGAAGACAUUCAGCUUGUACUUUUGUAGCUUAUAUUAAGCUUGUAGUUGAAAGAAGAAAAUUUAGCCUGAGUUAUUUUUGAGGAAAAAAAUUAAGUUGUAGUAACUAUUAGGUGAUAAAAUAUAGAUAACCUAGGAAUCAUUUUUCAUAAGUGAAUACUAAACCAUACACUUCUAAAUGUUUUUCCUCCUCAGAGCAGAGCUUUAAGGGCACUAACUAAAUACAGUGUUCCUCAACUUGGGGCUGUUGUUGCACCCUAGAGGACAUGCGGAAAUGUGUGGCUUCUUUUGGCGGGGAGGCGGGUGGAGGGAGAUGCAUGGCCUGCAUCUGGUGUUUGCUGAAUGGGGGCCAGUGAUGCCAGAAUGCUCUUGGGAAAUGAAGCAGCCCCACUGAGAACACAGGGAGUCCUUACUCCUGUAAUUCAUGGUGGGUAGAGUGGUGCGAUAGGACAACUGGAGUGAAGGCUCAUUCCUUUGAAAUAGAGUCUCAGAAAAAUAGCAACUAGAAAUCUCUCAGGAAUUAUAGUAACAACUACUGUAAGUAAUUAAUCCCAACUUUACUUUAUUUGUACCAAUUGUGUGUGUGUAUGUGUGUUUUAAUUUGGAGUGGUAGCAAUAUACUAUAUGCUGCUUGUAAUUUAUUGCAGGGAAUUCCUGCAUAAUUUCACAAAAGUUUGCUUCAGUAAUUUCAAGUUACCAUAAUUGGGAUAUUAUGGUGAUUUGACUUGCAUUGGACUUUAUAAGUAGGAUUCAGCAUCAUGGUUAACACUCUUUAUUGCUGAUGUAAUAAACAUGUUACCCUAGGUACACAUCUAUUCACAUAUUUCACGGUUAGUGAAAAUAAAAUAGGUGAGGGCAAGAUUUUCUGUAGGCAGUAUCACCUCAUCACAUUCAACAUAAUUUUUUGUCUGUUGGAAUGGCCCAACAGGUAGUUCUUUUCUCCUGAGCUUAAAACCCUUCACACAUGAACAUUUUAGCUAAGUUACACUAGUUUGGUUCAGUAGAUUUCAGUCUUUUAAGAUCUGUUGAAAAUAAAUAGACCUUUGACUGUACAAAAAUAAUUUUGUUUGCUUUUAUAUUGAGGUUCGUUUUGUGUUUUCCUGUGUUCUCAACAUUUUGAGUUAUUGCUGCAAAGUGGUGAAAUGGAUAAUGCAAGAAUAAUUGUUUGGUUUUGGAUCAGUAGGUUACUACCGCCAUGUUAGCUGAAUUGCACUUUAGGUUAGACAACUAAAUAUUUCACAGCUAUACGCUGUGACUUAGGUGUUAUUCCCCCCUCAAAGUAGUAGGUGAAGAAAGUACAUCACGAGCCUCCAUGUAGUAGGAGCAGAUUGGCCUCCAAAACUGAUGCUUUUUUUCUAGAACCAUAGUGCCUACUUAUAUUUACAUUUGAAUACCAUUAAGGGAAUAGGGCAUGAAAUAACUACAGUGUAGAGACUUGAGUCUGCAAAACAUUCAGGUCAAGACUAGCAUUACCAUUUUCUAUUUCCUUGAAGGUAAAGUAGUUAAUUUUGUAGGACUUCUUUUGAUUUGUAGACUUUAUUGUGGCACAGUGCUAUUGAAUUACUAGAUUAUUUUCUCAUCUGGGUUGAGAAUACAUUUAGUACAAUUUAAUCUGGAUGUGAAAGACAAUAUUUUUAGCAUCAUCCAGGUUAGUUUAGUUGUGUUUUAUGCUUAUAAACUGCCAUCCUCUGAUACUUUUCUUAAUCCCUUUAUUUGAGAACCCUGGUAGAGUUAGUGAUUUAGUGGAGAACGUGGCACUUUAUAGAUACUGUUGGUCAGAAUAAAUGGAAUUUCUUUCUAUGGAAUUUAAAUUUGUAGUCCAUUGUUUGUCUCGUGGCUUAUUUUAGGGAAGUUGUUUGCAUUUGUCAAACCUACUGAUCUCUAAAAGUAAUUUUUAUAUUAAAGCUUUAUUUUUGUGCUACUUAAAAGAAUCUCUGUAGGAGCUGUAUACAAAUUAGACAGUUGUUGAACUUUUAGUUUAGCAAUUUUGAAUCUUGUAAAAGAAGCAACUUCAGCAUUUAUUUGAAUAUGGAGUUCUAGCUAAGUGCCUAAUGUACCAUAGAUUGGCAGUGGACAGUUAGAGGUAGUCUUUUGCAGAUGUUUUAGAAACCUUAAAGAAUGUGUUAGAAACUUAGCAAUAUUUUAUGUGGGAUGGGGUUGUAGGUUAGUCGCUUGUCAUGUUGUACUAGGUCAUUAAACGAAGACUUCUGGUUUUAGGGUAGUAAUACCUUUUGGAAUUUGUGUUUAUUGUAAUAUCAAGGUUCUGGGGACCACAGAUGGGCUUGUGAACUUACUAGACUGAAUUAAAGACAUGGUGGCACAUGUGAGAUAAAACUUGUAUUUUUAUUAUUUUUAGUGGAUGUGUAUCUAACUCUGGAUGAUGCUGAAAUUAGAUUGCUUUGCUCAUGCUUUCAUGAAGCAGUCUUUAAUAAUGGCCUGAAUGAGUGAAAGGUUGAUUAAAGGUGGCCUACAACCCUUAACCAGUUUUACUUUUGAUCAUGCUUAUGUAUUGGCUUAUAAUCAAAGUUGCUGUCUUUUGAUUGCAUGACUUUCGAAGUCUCAACUCUUCAGUUUCCACUCAAACCUGGUAGCCCUGGGUGAGAAGAAUAUAGUAUUGGAAAUCAGUUCUCUUGUUACUUCUAUAAACCAUGUGACCUGGUCAGUUUGAGAAAUCUACUGCGUGGUUAUUACUUUGAAAUGUGUCCAAUGUCACAGAUUCCUAAGGGACUCUUUUUUUUUUUAAGUAAGUGAUGCUUACCCAAAAAUUCACUAUUGAAGUACUUUAGCAAGUAUUUAUUCUUCAGAAACCCACUUGUGGGAAGUUUGCCUGUAUUUUUGGUAGUAAUUAGAGGGAUGAUUCUAUCAUUUAAUAUGGAUUUAGUUCAACUAUCGCUGUAACUAACCACUUUGGUCACUGAUACUCUCCCUAAGUUUUGUUGUCACCUGUUUGGGUUUGGUUUGGAUUCUUAAAUGUUUUUAUGAGGAGUGUGUGUACAGUGAUUUGGCCCUUUUAAAUGAAGACAUAAGGAAUUAGCAAAGAAGGGACUUCUUUUAAAGAUUCAGUAUACAAUGUAAGUAGAUUAUGUAGAACAUACAUUGUGUUAAUAAAUUUGCAUAGGUAUCUACAUUGGUUUUCAAGAAGAGUGGGAUAGGGGUGGAAUUUAGCUGAUGGAAUAUGAAUAAUUUAUGGUUUACAUAAAAGAAAAUCAUAAUUUUAAGUGAGAAACUAUUUCUAUAAAUACUCCCCCCCCCCCCCCCCCACCGCCGCCGUACUGAUGGUUAUCACAAGAAACAGGAGGAGACUCCUAGAUUUCUUAAAGUAUCAGUGCUGGAAAGGACUAAGGUGAUUUGUGUAACCCCUGCAAUUUUCAAAAGGUCGCUGACUCAGAUGACUAGUCCAGCACAUUGAGGAAUUGCCAAUCCUGCCCUAUGUUUGCUUUAGUAAGCCAAAGCUGUCAAAAGGUAGGAUGUGGGGAGAAAAGGGAAGGAGCCACAUUGUGUAUGCUUAUCCAGUUGCUUCAUUAGCUCAGUUUUCAUACUCACGUUUUCUGUUUUCUUCCAACUGUUUUAAUGCCUGUUCCAGGGCCUUUUGUCAAUAAGGACAUUAACUUGUGUUCCCCUCAGGGAUGGGUUUACUACUAGCUGUCAGAAAGCUAUUGGGUAUCCUAAUGUGUUAAUAGCUGAAACUCAGCUGUAAUUCUCUCCUAAAUCUGUCAGCAUUUUGCAUUCUGUACAUUGUGGUGCUUUCCCCACCUUGUAUUGUUAAAAGUGUAAGCUCCUAAGGGGCAGCAAUUUGGUCUUAGGCAUAUCCCCUGUUCAGUGCCUGGCAGCACCAUGUUUGAAUCAGGGUCCUAAUCUGCUUUUCCGGUGGUUUUUCCUAUUCCUCACGGAAGGAUGGUUAUGGUUUGCUGACAAGCUAGGUGUUGCUGAUUCCGUGGCUUCAAGUGCCUUCACUUCCCUGAGGAUAGACUUGCAUCUGCAUUCUCCCUGCCACCCCUCCUCCCGCCACCUCCAAUCUCUUACCAUCAAAACCUUUUUUUUCCAAGACCUCUAUCAAGAGCUUUUUCUUUUCUCCCUAAGAGAAAAGAUGUCUUAAGAGAGGUUAAUUCAUUACCCUGUGGGGGUUGGUCUGUCCAGAAUUUGAAGUAAGGAGCAAAUUUACCUUCAUCUACUUAUCUUCCACAUUGUCCCUCCUGUUGGAAAUUCUAUCCCAAUCUUCAUUUUAAAAUGUUCCUAGCAUAUUUAAUACCGUUCUCCUAGCUUAUAACUUACCCCUUCAACCUAGAACUAGAACAUACCAUAACCUCCUGGAGGACAAGGACUGGAGGAUUAAUCCAUUCCUCCUGGAGGUACAUGAAAACACCCUUAAAUGACGACUCACUCAGUUGAAUAAUGUAUUCCUGUUUUCAUGCUUAUGAGGGAGGCAUGCCUAGGGAUUGGUUAUAAUUCAAUAAAUUAUAGGCAUCACGCAUUUCAUAUCGGAGGGGAUUGGUGUGAAAUUUUGAGGGGUGGGCAGAAGAGGGAGAAGUCACUGGUCAUUUUGGAGUACUUCCAUCCCUGGUCUGGGCAAUUAGCUGUUUUCUUUCUGAUUGCGCCCAGUAUAUCCCGGGCAUUUUGUGUUGACAUGCAGGAGCUGUAUGUGCCAAGUUUCGUUUCUUACCGUACGCCUACUCCGUUCUCAGUUUGCCAUCACCCAUGCUACAAUCAGUCACCCUAGUCACCUGCUUCCUGUCUCCUUACAUCCUGUCUCCAGCUAAUUCCUGUCAUUUCUACCUCAGCAGUCUUUCACAUCCUUCCUCCCCACUUCCUUUCAGUGGCCUCUCAGCUUUCUUUACCUCUUCUUACUUCUAGUCUACUUUCUACACGAUAUUAGAUUCAUCUUACUGAAACCUAGCUCUGACCAUGUAUCCCAUGUAUGUGUUCUGUCUUCCCUGCUAGACUGUAAGCUCCUUACGGGCAGGAUCUGUGUUUCAGUCAUCUUUGUAUCCCAUAGCACCUAUCAAUAAAUACAUCUUGAACGAA